AUGCAAUUUCUUAAGUCUGCAUAUGAACUUAGUGUGAGGGGUGUUGUGAUUGCCGAGAAUAAGAUUGUUUAUGAAUUUAAUUUAGAGGAGAUUAAUAUAUCAAUGUCAUUAGACAAGGUACGGGAGUAUUUAACUCGAAACGAUUUAAUAUUAGUUGGUCGACAAAACUCUUAUUUUCGGAAUGUUUUUGGAUAUAAAAUACCAUUCGUUAAUGAAGCUGAAUAUAAAUUAAAGAAUAUUUUAGUUCCAACAGAUGGAGAAAAUGAAUUUGAUAAGUCUUUUUUAUUCUUUAUUGAAAAAGACUUGACAAAGCCCGGUUUUCCUGAAAUUGUGAGGAACCUUAAUCUAACUAAAGGGUAUAAAAGAAAUGAAAGGAAUGAAGUUAUUCAAGCAAGUAAAAAUGCAUUCCGGAUUAAGAAUAUGCAUUUAAUGAAGAUUAUAACCCAUCAAACCCUUGAAGAAACUGAAGAUAAUCAAGGAAGGUUCCUUUGUUGUGUAAAAGGCACUAUUAGAUUAUUACCAGGAGAUUUGGAAGCGACCGAAGAAUACAUUGAGGCUAUUGAAGAUGCCUUAAAUGAAGAUGUAAAUAUAGGUAUAAAAGCAUCUUUACAUAGAGUAGGUAGAGAAUAUGGUUUUUUCUGGCCAAAAGAGAUUAUACUUGGAGGGAAAUUUCAAUUAAGCGAUGAAUCAACUGAUACCAGAGAGCUAGAAAAAUUAAAAAAUUUCACAAAUUGGAGGAUUAUUGGUCAAAAGGACUUAACAUCAUUACAUAUGUUAUUGCCAGAGCAGCUUGUUUCAAGGAUAAAGAAGGUUUACGGAAUGAAACUAUUAUAUCACAAUAGUUUAUCUGUCCAUAUGCCAAAAGGACAGAGAAUUACAUCUCGACCUCUCCCAAAACCGCAAACCAUUCUGACACUAAAAAACGUUAAGAUCUUUGCCUCUGUAAUUGUAUUGAACAAAACUAAACCAUAUCGUAAUAUGUUUGUAAUUAGGAUCGAAUAUAUGGACGAUGAGAGUCCAUACGUUGUAAUACAACGUAUUGGUAAUCCAAAAAAACUUUUUAACCUCUUCGUUCCUUAUAUGAUAAUCGGUUACGAGGAAGGUCUACCAACUGAAAAGCUUCUAGAUAACUCAAUUGACCAUAUUGGCACUAAAAGAUUUCAAUAUGAUAGCGAUAUUCAUAUCGAACAUCCAAAAUUGACAAAAGAUUACUGCAUUAUUGGAACCCCUAUAUUAAAAUGUAAGGAUAAUCCUGGUUAUAAUUUCGGAACAUCUAAAGAUGUAAUUAGUUAUCAUUUCCGUCAACGUAAUAACGAUAAUCGUGUUACGCAAUUACAAUGCUAUCAUUAUGAUCUCCGAUCUGAUGAGGUCAAAAACUCAUUAAUAUUUGAUAUUAAUUAUGCUAUUAUCUCAAGCCAAAAUUCAGAUUUUAUUGUAACUAGCGCAGCAAAUCAAAAGUGGAUAUAUAGAUCCUACAAUACAUUGCCGUUAAGCGAAAAUAGUCGUACAUUCACCGGAGGAAGAUGGGAUGUGUUUGUACACCCAAAACCCAUAUUCGCAAGUAUCCAAUAUACUGAUCCACCAAUUAAUCCUCUUUUUUUAAAUAUUCAUAAGAAGUAUCCGAUAGUAAAAUCUCUGAAUGUUAUUGCAGAAGAUCUUCGUAGUCGUAUUGGUUAUGUUAUUGUGAGAGACCAGGGAGAUUACAAAACUUUGCAAUCUAUCAAUGCUGUUUGUGAAAGUAUAGAAAAUAAAAUUAAUCGAGAAGAAAAAGUAAAUCAAGAACAUCCAAAAUAUAUGUACACAAGCAAACGCAUUGACAUACGAGAAAUCACUAAAGGUCCUUCAAAGAUGGUUACCGAUCUUGUGGAUAGCAAGAUUUCUGAUAACACGAAAAUACUCAUGAGUAAACCAAUUGAUCUUGUUGAAAAUGUUAAAUCUUCGCAACUUAUUUUUAACGAAAACAUUAUAAAUUUUCUCAAAUUAAAUCAUGGUUUAAUUAUUAGUUCGCAGAUAAUGCAUGCUGUGACAAAUCCUGCAUUUAAACUAUAUCAAAAAAAUAUAAGCAUCAUCGAAAAUUGUGACGUAAAAAUAAUAGGAUCCAAGAGCAAGAUUGGAACGCUUUUAUUAGAGAAUAAUAUAGAUUCUGAUUUUUUUCAAUCAUUGCCACCCAAAUUAAUUAAUAUCAUGACACAAUCAGCAGACUUUCUGAGUGAAAAUAUGCCUGUUAAUGAUAUUCGUCUAGAAAUUAAAUGUCAAAAGGUCAUAUUGAAUUUUGAAAGGGAGACUAUGCAACCAACCGAAGAGAUAAAAACAGCAAUAAAUAAUGCGUUAAAACCCGAAGGCCAUAUCAAGAAUUAA